CUCGGAGCCAGAAGUCUCAAAAGAACAGUAAAGAUGCAACACUUGUUUAUCUCAGCUUUGCUGGCAGGUGCAGCUGUUACUACAGCAUGCGUACUCCCUACUGACACCCUCUCCAACAACAUCACUGAUGGCUUCGGGAUCCUGAUCCAGAAUCCUGAGUUUCCUGCCAUCCAUGACCACUAUAUGAUGCUAGACCCCGCUGGAGGUGGUGACAUGCAUUGGUUCGUUGCUGGAUCGCCGCCAGUCGGCAAUUCUGCGUUCAACCUAGUGCUCAUCGAAGGUGUACUCGAACAGGGUGUCAUCCACGCGGUCAUCGAUGGCGAGUAUGACCCAGUCGCCAACACGACCAAGAUAUUCAUGACGGAACGCACUGAUUAUCUGGCCUACUUUAGUCCAGUGUACGCCUGUGAUCCAGAUAACGACGAGCUACAGGUCGUACUUGCGUUUCAGGGUCGUGAAGACUUUGGGGAUGGUGGGCUGAUCUGCGUACGACCGUCCUACGACAAUAGUUAUGAGUUUCGAUACUCGCCUCCGGGUAAUACUGCGAUUGACCCAGGUCAAUGCAUUCCGGUGACAAUGGUUGUGGUACCUGCGGGCGAGGCGAGCACUUACCCUACCAGCGGCCCCUCCUCCUCAACCUCCAGCCUUGCACAAAGCACUCCCAGCACAACUAGCACCACCAGCACUACCUUCGCCAGCAGCAGCACCUCAAGCUCUGCGACGGCAUCCGCAACGCUACAGCACAAGCCUGUCGUUGGACCCUAUUCAUUUCUAGGUUGCUAUACGGAAGCUACUACCGGGCGUGCUCUUUCUGCCAAGUCCUCUUACGAUUACCCUGGCAUGACAGUAGAAGAGUGCGAGGCCGACUGCAUUGGUUACACCUAUUUUGGUGUUGAAUAUGGUGGAGAAUGUUAUUGCGGUAACACUAUUAAUGCUGGAUCUGUUUUAGCAGCUCUUACUGAUUGCAAAUUUAUUUGCCCUGGAAAUCCCUACGAAUACUGCGGUGCUGGUCUUAGACUUGAGAUGUAUGAGCUUGGAUCUGCUAUUGUCUCUGUGACUUCUUCGUCAUCCUCGUCCUCAUUAUCGUCCUCGUCCUCAUUAUCGUCCUCGCCCUUGUCAUCGUCCUCGUCCUUGUCAUCGUCCUUACCCUUGUCAUCGUCCUUGUCAUCGUCCUCGACCUCACCAUCCAUUAUUAGCACGUCAACGUCAAGCACCACCAGCAGCAGCGCCUCAAGCUCUACCACGGCAUCAACGCUACAGCACAAGCCUAUCGUUGGACCCUAUUCAUUUCUAGGUUGCUAUACAGAAGCUACUACCGGGCGUGCUCUUUCUGCCAAGUCUUCUUACGAUUACCCUGGAAUGACAGUAGAAGAGUGCGAGGCUAAUUGCAUUGGUUAUACCUAUUUUGGUAUUGAGUAUGGAGGAGAAUGUUAUUGCGGCAAUAUUAUUAAUGCUGGAUCCGUCUUAGCAGCUCUUACUGAUUGCAGCUUUAUCUGCCCUGGAAAUCCUUAUGAGUACUGUGGUGCUGGUUCUAGACUUGAGAUGUAUGAGCUUGGAUCUGCUAUUGGUAGCAGCCCCCUUCCAUACACCGACAUGACGGCCAACGGCUUUUCCUUUGUGGGCUGCGCCCCGGAGGCGAGUAACGCCGACGAUGGCCCAGCACGUACUCUUACUGGAACCCUCUACGCGGAUGACGCCAUGACGGACGGGGAGUGUAUGGCCUUCUGCAGCUCGCAGGGGUACGCGUUUGCCGGAACGGAGUAUGCCCGGGAAUGUUGGUGUGGCAAUUCCGUCGCCCCUGGUAGAGAGCCGCAGACGACGAUCGCGAGUCUGGCAAACUGUAACUACCCAUGCGGGGGCAACACGGCCCAAUACUGCGGUGGCUCUUCGUGGUUGAGUCUCUACCAGGCUUGCACUGCGGGAUCUGCUUGUGUUAAUGCGCAGUUCACUUAAACUUCUGCUGAAAGAUGGAAGAGACACGUUCGAGGCCAAAUCACGAACAUUUGAUAGCACUUGAUAAUACUCCUAAUAACCUCUUGAGCUAGAGUUUACUUCAACUUCUCAUCUGUAGAAUACAUCGG